AAAACAGCAUAACAAGAAAAAAGAGAGAAAGAGGAGAGAGAGAGAGAGAGAAAAGAGAACAAGAGAGAGAGAAGGAGAGAAGGAGAGAGAGAGGAGAAGAAGUGUAGGAUGGAGGUCCGAGCGGAGCUACUGAAGGGUAUCUGGUACGCCUUCACCUCUCUGGACACGGAGGACAGCGGGAAAGUGUCCAAAUCACAGCUGAAGGUUUUGUCCCACAACCUGUACAGUGUACUGAGGAUUCCUCACGACCAGGCGGCUCUGGAGCAGCACUUCAGUGAUGAUGAUGACGGACCUGUUUCCAGCCAAGGAUACAUGCCCUACCUCAACAAAUUCAUACUGGAUAAGGUUGUGGAGGGGACAUUUGAAAAGGAGGAAGUGGACGCCCUCUGCUGGACGCUCUGCUCUAAGAAGAAUUACCGUCCCAACACCAAUGGCACCGCGGUUCUGUCCAAUAAAGACGCAGAACGCUUGUGGUGCCUCUUUAACUUCCUCACAGAGGACAAAUACCCGCUAGUGCUGGUCCCAGAGGAGGUGGAGUACCUGCUGAAGAAGAUCUGCGCAGUGCUGAACGUAGAGCUGAACAGUGUGGAUCUGGAGGAGUUCUGGAGUCAGGAGUGUGUGCGGGAGGGGAUGAACGUGUGGAGUUUUCUGGAGCUGGUGAAUGCGGGCAUUUUGGGCCGAGGGCUGGACAGAGAGCGUCUCAGCUCGGCUAUAGAGGACGUCUACAGGGAGAUCGUCGGCAACGUCCUCAAAGAGGGUUACCUGUGGAAGAAAGGUCACCUGCGGCGGAACUGGACGGAGCGCUGGUUCUGCCUGAAGCCGAGCGCUCUGUGUUAUUACACCAGCGAGGACAGGAAGGAGAGUAAGGGCAGCAUCGAGCUCGACAACAACUGCUGCGUGGAGGUUCUUCCUGAGAGGGAGGGGAAGAGGUGUAUGUUCUGUGUGAAGACCCUCAAUAAGACGUAUGAAAUGAGCGCACCGGACAGCAAACAGAGACAGGAGUGGACAGCAGCCAUCCAGCUGGCCAUCCGGCUGCGCUCGGAGGGGAAGAGCUCGCUGCACAAGGAGCUGAAGGCCCGGCGGCAGGAGGUGCGGGAGGAGCGAGAGAGGAGGCACGCCCUGAGGGAGCAGGAGACCCAGAGACUGCAGGACCUUCAAGGAGAGAAGGAGCAGAAACAGGCAGAACUGGAGCUCCUGAAGGAGACGCAGAAACAGGCCCAGGUCUCAUUACUGCAGGAGGAGGAGAAGAGGAGAAAACAACACGAGGAGCUGCAGAGAGCACUGGAGGAACAACUACGGGAGGCAGAGGAGGCCCGUGCGAGUAUGCGUGAGGAGAUGGCUCUGAAGGAGCUGGAGGCGGAGCGUCAGCGGAGGAGGAUCAGGGAGCUGGAGGAGCUUCAGCAGCGUCUGGAGGAGGCUCUGCACCAGGAGAUCAAAGCCAGACAGGAUGAGGAGAACUACAGAUACACACAGGCCAGGCUGCUGGCGGAGGAGGAAGAGAAGACGAAGGCUCUGCUGUCUCUGCAGGAGGAGCAGGAGGAGCUCCUGGAGCAGAUGCAGAAGGAGAAGAGGGAGCUGAGGAGGGACAUGGAGGAGAAAGCUCACGCUCUGGAAGAGGCUCACAAACAGCUGGAGAACAUCCGCGCCACCCGACACAGGGUGGACCAGGACAUCGCGGCGGCCCAGAGGAAGCAGCGACAGGCCAGCACGAGUGUUAAACACUGGAACGUCCAGAUGACCCGACUGAUGCACCCCAUCGGCCCCGGAGAUCGGAGGGCGUCGGCUCCGGCCAUGCGGGUGCCGUCUCUGGGGGACGGCGGAUUUCCGGCCACUAGGGGCAGCAUCAGAGAGACGGACAUACACAACAGAGAAGGAGAGGGAGAGAGGGAGAACGGAGAGAAGCCUCGAGUGCUCCACAAAACCUACUCUGAACCCGUUUAGAGAAGAAGAACACGCGUUAAAGCGACAGUUCAGCAAAAACAAUCGCAACGUAAUUCAGUCCCUGUUUAUAGUUAACAGAGAGUCAAACAGCGUCAGAGACCACAUCAUCAAGACUAUUAGAGACACCGAACAACUCCACACAGUUUAAAUUGAGCGUGGGAUGCUAAUUGGUGGGAUAUGAGCCCCCAUUACCCGUUAGCUUCAUUAGCCUCGUAGCUCCAGUGCUAAAACUAAAGAAGCUAACUUCAGACUCCAAACACGUCUCGGCUGAUUGAUUAUAUGAGGAGUCUGGUGGCUGGAGGAAUUAGAUUGUUUUGCUGAACUAUCGCUUUAAUCACAUCUCUGUAUUAUAAAUGCUCCAACAGGCUGUCAAAGUUCUUAUAUGUGGAGAACACAGCUGUUCAAAAGUUUGGAAUCACCCGUUAUAUUAAUCAUUUUUGGUGUUUUGUUGAAGGAUAAUAAAAUGUACAGUGUAUCAAAAUUUAUUUUUAGAUGUUUUAUUCAAUAUUUCAGUCGAUUUGAUAAAAACAUUAUUCCUUGAUUGAUAAUAUGCUGUAAUAAUCUGUUUAUAGUCUUUUCUGUCAUGUUUUAUCAUCACUUCUGACCAUUUUUGAAAUAAUUUACACUAUAAAUGAUCAUGAAGCGCAUCAGAUUAACAUCAUUUUAUAUAUUAUAUUUACAAUAUUGGUUUUAAUUGUUGAAAACAGUGAUUCCAGGCUUUUGAACAGUGGUUUAAGUCUAGUUUUGGAUCAAAUUCUCACUUUAAUAGUGAUUCACCACUGAAAAGUGUUUUUGUUUCUCACUGAAGUUUGACGCAGCUCUGGAAAACGCGCUGUAACUGAUUCACACUUAUGAAAAUUUCAUUUCUGGAACGUCACCAGUGUAAAGUUCUGUACUGCAUGACUGAAAUCUAAAGAGACAAUAAAAAUAAAGAAUCCGGAGCCGUCUGUG